GCAUUGUCAUUUCAAAGUGUUGUGUUGUGUUUAAUACAAAACAGUACUAAAAUAGUAAUUCGUUAAGCAUCAGUUUGUUUAUUUAUAAUAAUUAAAAUGCAAAUUCAGAAGCUCAAGAUACUCGUGAUAGGUCCUUCUGAAAGUGGAAAGUCUUUGCUAGCUAAUUUCAUAUCAGAGGCUGUGAAUUUUGAAGAUUCUGAACCGCGUCCAACUCAGGGUGUUAGAAUCGUCGAGUUUGAACUGCCAAAUCUAAGUAUAAACGACAAACAGUCCAAGGUCGAUAUUGAACUUUGGGACUGCAGCGGUGAUCAUAAGUUUGAAUCCUGCUGGCCUGCUCUUCGAGUUGGUGUCAGCGGUGUUAUAUUUGUAUGUUCGUCUAACUCGACGAAUGCACCACGAGAAUUGGAACUUUUAUACAACUAUUUCGUGUCGCAACCAAAGUUAUCUACAAAACAGUGUGUUGUAUUCUGCAACUGUACCGACGGCCAGGAGGAUACUGGUGUUUUGAACUUAUCCCCUACGUUUUCCAGAGUUUCCCAAGUAGAAAUCAACAUGAAUACAAGAAGAGAUCGUGUAAAAUUAGAUUUUAUAAAUUUUGUAUCAUCGAUUUUACAAUCCAUUUCUCAAAGUGAAAAUUAAGGCUACAAAAUAAUUUGGUUUUCAAUAUGUUAAAAAUUAGAAUUUAUUCAGGUGUAUAAUCGUUGAA